UGUGUGAAAUGCUGAAAUACUCUGCACUUGUUAGAGAAAGAUCAAGAAGCUUUCCGAUGGGUUUUCUUCACGUUCUUAAGUGUCCAAUAAGCUUGCGAUCUUACAGCAGCUCCCUAGUCGGCUUUUUCUCCAAAUCUCACAAUCCUCUUCUCUCUGCGAGAUGGGUUAGAGCAGGAGACGCCGCCAGUUCCAUCAGAUGUAUUGCGUCUGCUAUACGUGGAAAAAACAAGAAGCAGAGACUGGAUGAGGCAUGUCUCGAAAGGUAUCAGGAAUACAGUCGCGCACUAAUUCAAUCAUGGAUCUUACAAGGCAAAGUGCUAGUGGAUGGGAAAAGAGCUAGUAAAGCUGGAAUGCCUGUAGCCAAUGGUGUCUCCAUUAAGAUUACCGCUGAGGUUCCCAAAUAUGUAUGUAGAGGUGGGCUGAAGCUGGAAGCUGCAAUAGAGAAGCUAGAUGUUGAUGUUUCUGAGAAAGUAGUUCUUGAUUCUGGACUUUCUACUGGAGGUUUUACAGAUUGUUUGCUUCGUUAUGGCGCAGCUCAUGUUUAUGGUGUUGAUGUUGGUUAUGGUCAGGUGGCUGAUAAAAUCCGAAAUGAUAAGCGUGUGACUGUUAUAGAAAGGACAAAUCUGAGAUACCUCCCAGGACUCCCACAAAAAGUCGAUGUAGUGACACUAGAUCUGUCCUUCAUUUCAAUUCUCAAGGUGAUGCCAGCUGUUAUGAAUGUGAUGAAUGAAGAUGCAACUCUAGUUACCCUUGUUAAACCUCAAUUUGAAGCUCGGCGAUCACAGGUUGGGAGGGGUGGUAUUGUGAGAGAUCCUGAAGUACAUCAGGAGGUUCUUGAGAAGAUAAUAAAUGGUAUUGAGCGCUAUGGAUUCACCAACAAAGGGUUUAUCGAAUCUCCCAUCAAGGGCGCUGAUGGAAACAUAGAGUUCUUGGUUCGCUUUGAUCGAGGGACAGUGAAAGGCGAAGAAGAAGAAUACUAAGACUUAUAUUUCCCUUGCGUCAAAAUGCUUAUUGUUUCUCCCUUCUUUCACCCAUUUCCUUGACUUAACGUUUAAGUUAGGCUUAGAACCAAAAAAACCUUUUAAGUUAGGCAUUUUACUACUGUUUUUUGUUUGUUUUGGUAAUGUCUUAAAUCUUAAAAGAUAAUUACCAAACCGAUCCAAGACUAAUCAUUUUAGAGAGUAUUUUCGGUUUA